AUGCAGAGAAAGAACUACACACAGGUGACUGCGUUCACCUUACAGGGAUUCUCCAGCUUCCAUGAACACCAGAUCACACUCUUUGCCAUCUUUCUUACUUUGUACAUCUUAACUUUAGCCAGCAAUGUCAUCAUUGUGACCAUCAUCUAUAUUGACCACCACCUCCACACCCCCAUGUACUUCUUCCUGAGCAUCUUGUCCACUUCUGAGACUGUCUAUACAUUAAUCAUUAUCCCACGGAUGCUAUCCAGCCUUGUAGGACAGAAUGAGUCCAUCUCACUAGAAGGCUGUGCUACUCAAAUGUUCUUCUUUGUCACCUUGGCUAUCAACAACUGCUUCCUGCUCACAGCAAUGGGAUAUGACCGCUAUGUAGCCAUUUGCAACCCUCUGAGAUAUAUGAUAAUCAUGAAUAAAAAAAUGUGUGUCCUGUUAGUAUGUGGGGCAUGUGCCAUUGGUCUGAUCACAGCAUCUAUUCAAGUGACAUCUAUAUUCAACUUGCCUUUCUAUUACCUAAUGCAGAAAAAGAACCACACUGUGGUGAACAUGUUCACCUUUCAGGGAUUCUCCAGCUUCCAUGAACACCAGAUCACCCUUUUUGCAGUGUUCCUCAUUUUAUACAUCAUAACCCUGGCCAGCAAUGUCAUCAUUGUGGCUGUCAUCUGCAUUGACCGCUAUCUCCACACUCCUAUGUACUUCUUCCUGAGCAUCUUGUCCACUUCUGAGACCUUGUAUACACUGGUCAUCAUCCCACGGAUGCUAUCCAGCCUUAUAGGAUGGAACCAGCCCAUCUCGCUGGAAGGCUGUGCCACUCAAAUGUUCUUCUUUGUCACUUUGGCCAUCAACAACUGCUUCCUGCUCACAGCAAUGGGGUAUGACCGCUAUGUGGCCAUUUGCAACCCCCUGAGAUAUAUGAUUGUCAUGAAUAAAAAGGCAUGUGCCCACUUAGUGGGUGGGGCAUGUGUCAUUGGUUUGACCAUGGCAUCUGUACAAGUGACAUCCAUAUUCAGCUUGCCCUUCUGUGAAGCAGAGGUGGCCCACUUCUACUGUGACAUCAUCCCCAUGAUGAAACUUGCUUGUAUAGACACAACAAUCAAUGAGAUCAUCAAUUUUGUUAUCAGUUUAGGAGUGAUCAUGGUGCCCAUGGGCUUAAUAUUCAUCUCCUACAUCCUUAUUAUCUCUGCCAUUCUCAAGAUAGCCUCAGCUGAAGGACGGAAAAAGACCUUUGCUACUUGUGCUUCCCACCUCACAGUGGUCAUUAUCCACUAUGGCUGUGCCUCUAUUGCCUAUCUCAAGCCCAAAUCAGAAAAUUCAAUGGAGCAAGACAGAUUACUUUCUAUUACUUACACUCUCAUUACACCACUGUUGAACCCUGUUGUGUAUAGCCUGAGAAACAAGGAAGUCAAAGAUGCUCUAAGGCGAGUCAUGGGUAAAAAGUCUUCUUAA